UCGGCAGUUGUUUUGGAUAAUUAUUUUUCGGAAAUAUUUUCAAAAUAUAGUUAUCAAUAUUAAAAAUGGACGGAGAUUUAUAUGACGAAUUUGGAAACUACAUCGGGCCAGACUUGGAGUCUGAUUCUGAAGACGAACAGAGUGUAUAUGGUCAGGAUAAUCGUGAAGGUGAUGAGGAAGCAAUGGAGGAGGACGAGGACGCAGACGCGGAGCCCGAAGUUGCGCCUAUGUCCGUCGUUCUUCAUGAGGACAAACGUUACUAUCCUCAAGCUGUAGAAGUGUAUGGACCCGACGUAGAGACAGUCGUCCAAGAAGAAGAUACACAGGCUCUCGACAAACCCCUGGUAGAGCCUGUGAAACACAAGAAGUUCCAGGUUCAAGAACAGCAGCUACCAGAGACCACCUACGACAUGGAGUACAUGGCUGACAUGUUAGAUAAUACUAACUUAAUCAGAAAUAUUACGUUAAUGGGCCACUUGCACAAUGGAAAAACAUCUUUUGUAGACUGUCUCAUGAGACAGACACAUCCUGGAACAAUUAACAAUGAGACAACAAUACCUAUAAGGUAUACAGAUACUCUGUUUGUGGAGCAAGAGCGAGGAGUGUCGAUAAAGUCCAUGCCGGUAACAUUGCUAUUGAAGGAUAUAAAGGGAAAGUCACAUUUAUUGAAUAUCAUGGAUACUCCAGGUCACGUGAACUUCAGUGAUGAGGUGACUGCUGCUUUGCGGAUAUCGGAUGGAGCGGUACUCUUUGUGGACGCUGCUGAAGGUAUAAUGCUCAACACGGAGCGAAUGUUACGUCAUGCAGUACAAGAAAGAAUUCAUUUAACUCUUUGCAUCAACAAAAUAGACAGGCUAAUGCUUGAGCUAAAAUUACCUCCUGCAGAUGCCUAUUAUAAGCUCAGGCAUAUUAUUGAUGAGCUGAAUUCUAUGCUGGAGACCAAUCAACCUCAGGAUAAUCCUGAUGAGCCUCCAAUUGUAUUUUCACCACUUCUGGGUAAUGUCUGCUUCGCGUCAACAUUGUACGACGUGUGUUUCUCUCUGGAAUCGUUUGCGGCGAUGUACGCUGCCUCGUACCCUGCGUGCGGACUGCGGGCAUCCGACAUGGCGGGCUGGCUGUGGGGCGAUGUCUACUUCAACGCGAAGACUAGACGCUUCACGAAGAAACAACCUCAUGCCUCUGCUCAGAGAAGCUUCGUGGAGUUCAUAUUGGAGCCGCUGUACAAGAUUUUUGCUCAAGUGGUGGGAGACGUGGACGACACCCUGCCAGCUGUGCUCACAGAACUCGGUAUAAAGUUAACGAAGCAGGAAGCCAAACUGAACGUGCGUCCGCUACUCCGCCUCGUGUGCAGCAGGUUCUUCGGCGACUUCUGCGGGUUCGUGGAGAUGGCGGUCCGGCACGUGCCGUCCCCACUGGACGCGGCGGCGCGCAAGGUGGCGCACUGCUACCGCGGCGCCGGCGGGGAGCUGCGUCAAGACAUGCUGCACUGCGACCAGUCCGCGCGGCUCGUGGCGCACACCACCAAGAUGUACCCCACCGACGACUGCGGCUUCUUCCUGGUACUGGCGCGUAUCAUGAGCGGGACGCUGUACGCCGGACAGACCGUGCGAGUCCUGGGUGAAAACUACAGCUCCCAGGAUGAAGAGGACUCCAGGAUCAUGAACGUCGGAAGGCUCUGGAUAUAUGAGGCUAGAUAUAAAGUGGAACUGAACCGCGUACCUGCCGGGUGCUGGGCCCUCAUAGAAGGCAUCGACCAGCCGAUAGUGAAGACGUGCACCGUCGUGUCGGCGGAGGAGGACUGCGAGCUGCACACGUUCACUCCGCUCCGGUUCAACACUCAAGCCGUCGUCAAGAUAGCCGUCGAGCCGGUCAACCCCUCGGAGCUACCCAAGAUGCUGGAUGGGCUGAGAAAGGUAAAUAAGUCGUAUCCACUACUGUCGACCCGGGUGGAGGAGUCAGGGGAACACGUGAUAUUGGGAACCGGUGAACUAUAUUUGGACUGCGUGAUGCACGAUCUGAGGAAUAUGUACUCCGAGAUUGAUAUCAAAGUUGCUGAUCCAGUCGUGUCGUUCUGCGAAACUGUAGUCGAGACGUCGUCGUUGAAAUGCUUCGCCGAGACUCCGAACAAGAGGAACAAACUGACGAUGAUCGCCGAACCUCUGGAGCGGGGUCUCGCCGAGGACAUAGAGACGGGCGCGGUCUGCGUGUCCUGGGACAGGAAGAGGCUAGGAGAAUUCUUCCAGACGAAAUACGAUUGGGAUCUUCUGGCUGCCCGUUCGAUUUGGGCCUUCGGUCCCGACACGAUGGGACCCAACAUUCUAGUCGAUGACACUCUACCCUCCGAAGUGGACAAGCAUCUCCUGGCUUCGGUCAAGGAUAGCAUUGUUCAAGGCUUCCAGUGGGGUACGCGGGAAGGGCCGCUCUGUGAGGAGCCCAUCAGGAACGUGAAAUUCAAGAUCCUGGAUGCUGUCAUCGCGCAGGAGCCGCUGCACCGGGGCGGCGGACAGAUCAUCCCCACGGCGCGACGCGUGGCGUAUUCAGCAUUUCUAAUGGCGACCCCUCGUCUGAUGGAGCCGUAUCUGUUUGUUGAGGUGCAAGCGCCGGCCGACUGCGUAUCCGCCGUCUACACGGUGCUGGCUAAGAGGAGAGGUCACGUGACCCAGGACGCUCCGGUCCCCGGGUCGCCGCUCUACACCAUCAAAGCGUUCGUCCCGGCCAUAGACUCGUUCGGCUUCGAGACCGACCUGCGCACGCACACGCAGGGCCAGGCCUUCUGUCUGCAGGUCUUCCAUCACUGGCAGAUCGUGCCCGGCGACCCGCUCGACAAGAGUAUUGUUAUCAGGCCAUUGGAACCACAGCCAGCGACGCAUUUAGCCAGAGAGUUCAUGAUCAAGACCCGUCGACGCAAGGGGCUCAGUGAGGACGUGUCCAUCAAUAAGUUUUUCGACGAUCCUAUGUUGUUGGAGCUGGCAAGACAAGACGUACAACUUCAUUAAUUAUAUUUCUGAUUUAAUAAAAUUUACCAAACAAU